UCGAGGAUUUAUGAGGCACGCGCGCGGCGUUCUGCUUCUCGUGUGCAAAUUAUCUAUACCUGUGCGUGCGUACACACACAUAUACGAGAGGAAAAUAAGAGAAGUUAGUGAGAUAAAAAGGGGGUGGAUUCGACUUAUGUAUCAUCGAGAGGACUUUUUCGUACGAAAGAUUACUCGUCAUCGUAGAUCUGUCAGUAAGAUGAGUAAGAUGGAAUCCAGUGGUCUCUUCAACUGUGCCAUCAGGGUGAAAGACGAACCCUGUGAUACGUCUCUUAUUGAGAAUGAUGACAAUAGGAUCGAUGAGGCGCCUGAUGUUAAAAAUUUCCGAUUCUCCAGAGAAUAUUCAACGUUUCAAGAAAGUGACAAAAAUCACGAAAAUGAAUAUGACGAAAUGCAAAUUUUGAUUGAGUGCAAAGACGUCAAGCUUAUUAUGAAUUCAUUAGAAAAUAAGAAAACUGACGAUUAUUCACCAAAAUACUUGCGGAAUAUGAAGUAUAGCGACGACGAAACUCAAAAUGCAAUUAAAAUAGAAACUCUGGAUGGAGUCCAAAAGGAAAUGGAUUUAAAUUUCGAUUGUAAAUUUACCGAGCAUAAUGAAAAGAGAAGUGAUCAAAAGGAUUUCAACGAUAAACAUCAACUCAAAACAAACAUCGAUUCUGUGCACACGGGUACCAAAAAUACAUGCGAUACAUGCAGAAAGACGUUCAAAAGGAAGGGCGAUCUGAAGAGGCAUGUUCAAUCAGUUCAUAAUGGUGUCCCUCACUCAUGUACUAUUUGUGGAAAGACAUAUAAAUGGAAGGGUGAUUUGACGAGGCACGUUCAAUCAGCGCAUAAUGGUGUCACCUACUCAUGUGAUAUUUGCGGAAAAUUGUUUCAAUAUAAAAUUAGUCUUAAAGGCCACAUCGAUUCAGUGCACAAUGGGACCAAACAUGCAUGUGACGUUUGCGGCAAGAAAUUUUCAUUUAAAAGUAAUCUCCAAGCCCACAUCGAUUCGAUGCAUAAUGGUGUCAAACAAUCAUGUGAUAUUUGUGGCAAGACUUUAACAAGGAAGAAUGAUUUGACAAGGCACGUUCAAUCAGUUCAUAAUGGUGUCACUCACUCAUGUGCUAUUUGUGGAAAGACGUAUAAAAGUAAGGAUAGUUUGACAAAGCACGUUCAAUCAGCGCAUAAUGGUGUCAACUACUCAUGUAAUAUAUGCGGAAAGUCAUUUACUCAGAAAGUUAGUCUCCAAAUCCACAUUAAAUCAAUACACAAUAGUAUCACCUACUCAUGUGAUAUUUGCGGCAAGACGCUUAAAAGAAAGGAUGAUUUAAAAAUUCACGUUCAAUCAGUGCAUAAUGGUGUCACCUACUCAUGUGAUAUUUGCGGAAAAUCGUUUCCACAUAAAACUAGUCUAAAAUACCAUAUCAAUUCAAUGCACAAUGGUGUCACCUACUCAUGUGAUAUUUGUGGCAAGACGUUUAAAAGGAAGAGUUAUCUGACGAAGCAUGUUCAAUCAGCGCAUAAUGGUGUCACCUACUCAUGUGAUACUUGUAGAAAGGCAUUUACUCAAAAAUAUAAACUCAAAAUCCACAUCGAAUCGAGGCACAAUGGGGUUACUCACUUAUGUGAUAUUUGCGGCGAGACAUUUCCAUCGAAAAAUAAUCUCAAAAUACACUUUGUGUCGAUGCAUAAACGUACUCCUCAAGCAUGUGACUAUUGUGGAAAAAAAUUCAAAUAUCUAUCUUGUCUUUAUAAGCAUGUCAAAUCGUCGCAUGAUGGUACCACCCAUUCAUGCAAGACAUGUGGAAAGACGUUUGGACAAAGAGCAAAUCUCAAAGCUCACAUCGCUAUGGCGCACCGCUCUGCGCGCAUUAUGAUUUAAUAUGUUAAUGAAAUGUAUAAAACAUAUGUUUCACUCAGUUAAAAAUUGCGAUUUAGCUUCUCAUUUAUUUGUUCCAAAGACUAAUUUAAAAAGGUUCAUUAAUUGUAUAAGAUUACUAUGUUAUUUUAUCUCUAUGCAUAAAUUAAUCGUUCAAGUUUGAAAAAAAUUAAUGCAUUUUUUAAUAAAAUAAGAACUUCACAGCUUGAA